CAAGCCUACAGGCUGCUGUUUUGCUCCAAGUUAUCCUGGUUGGUGUCUUUGUUUUUGUCCAAGGGAGCCCUCGGAUUUUUCCGUUAACAGCACAGACAUAUCCAACAAAAUCUUACUCCUGAUUUUUCAAGUGGGGAUGUGUUGUUGUAUUCAGAUAAGAGGAAAUGAAGCAUGUACUGUUUUCUUAAGAAAGCUUCAUCCACCAGUCCCCUCCCUUCCUUCAUCUAUAUUAGACUAGGAGCAACCUUGCUGGAGGUCUGUGUUAAAAGCCCUACUAUGUCUUACAUUACAGAGGACAGUUCUCUAUUCUGUUUCAAAGUGUCCUCUAUUAUUUGAGAGCUGUCCCCUCACCCCCGGCCGUUUAAAGAUAAGAACCCACGAAACUGAACUCCCCAAGAGCCUUCCCUGCUAUAGCAAGGCAUCAUUUCCAUUUCACCGAUAGCAGCUCUUUCCAAAACUGCAAACGGACGUUGCAAAUCGCCACGGGCAAAUUUCGUGCAGAUGCAUUCCCUCUAUUUAAUUUGGGGUCGAUGCGUAACCAUCCGUCCCAGAAGCUAAUACAGAGAACUGGAAGUUGGUUACGGCAACUUGUGAAAACCCUGCUGAAUGCAAAAGCGAGAGGCUCGACUCCUUCCUCGUUUGUGAGUGGGGGUGGGGGCUGCAGGCCCAUAAGUACCGGCCCUAAGGUGAGCCUGGAGGUCACUAGGCUGCUGCUCCAUUUCUGGGUAUAAGCCAGGGGUUGGCAAGGUUUACCUCUCCUGGGAUGGUUUACUCCAGAGGAGAUCCCUCUGUGGGCCGGAUCAUGCACACGCACCCGCAAUUUCUGGCGUCUGCAUCUGCGCAGAUGCGACUUCUAAUGUCUGCCAUGCUGCGCCGGUUUAGUGCAGCGCACAGGGACUUGCUGAGCGGGCGGCUCAGUUCAGGGACGGCUUAUGGGCCGGUUAAACCAACCCCAUGGGCCGCUUGUGGCCCAUGGGCCUUAGGUUGCCUACCCCUGGUAUAAGUGGAAGAGGCCGGGAAUUCAGGCCUCCUCCUGCUCCUUCCGUUCUGCCUGCUUGAUGUAGCCCCUGCCCCUCUCCAGCCCACAUAGUAAGGAGGCCCUACUUAAAGGCUUCUUAGGCCCCAGGCGCGUUUACAUGGGAGUAAAAGGAGGGGAAAGCUGGCAGCCAGGGCAACGGCCCCAGCAAGGAGGGUAAGAGACGUGUGAGCUGGGAAAGGUAGACGUAUUCAGGAGCAGGGCAGGAUUACACCUCCUUCACCUGAAACGGGUCUGGGAAAGCCCUCGGAAAAGCCAGGCCUGCCUCUGCUCCACGAGUGGCGCAUGCCGGCGGCCGAAUCCUUUCGCUGACGGGCUGGAGGUUGCAGAGGGGUUUUGUGCAGGGUACAUGUUUUAGAGAAGGGAACGGAAAGCCAGUUUUGAAGGAGGCAUCACUGCUCCCUCUUGCAACUCCCGGCGGGGCACAUAAUAAAUAAUAUAAAAUAAUAAAUAAAAUAAACGGAAGUUCUUCCUCAGAAGGCCCUACGGCAGUAGUCGGUCAAGGGAAGAGCCACCACCGCUUCGACCAGGAAGGUGGCUGCUGUACAUCCAACGGUCAUCUGCCUAACUGCAAAUUUUGGGAUGGCCACCUAUUCAUAAUCCAUGUUAUGGUCGCUCUCCUCAGUUCAGGCUAGCUUUGUGUUUUUGUUGCAAUUUAUUAUCUAACCCUAGAAAGGGGAAGGCGGUGUUGGCCAAACCGUGACUAUACAACAGUUAUCUUGGGUUCCGCUGCUGACCAGAUUGUCAAUAUGGCUUUUCUUCCAUAGAUUAGACCACUUUUAACUGAAACUCCUCUUUGCAGCUUAUCACAGCGAAUUUCCUGUGGGUUUAUUUACCUUUACUCUUUUGGUGUUUGUUUGUUUGUUUAUGCCACUGCUUUGAGUAUUCUGCAGGUCCUUCAAGCCACAAAAUUUGCUUCCUUUCUCCUAGGCUUCACACCGUGUGCUUCCCAUCAACAUGAAGUUUCUCUUGGGGCUUUUCCUCUUCUCUGUACUUCUAACUACAGGUAAGCUCACUAUGGGAUGGGUGCCACUGAGUAACUCAGGACAUCUGGAACUCUGCACAUGCCCUGGAACCAGUAGGGGCCAGCAGGGCAGGAUGGGGCUGCAUUGCACUCCUGGCUUUCCAGUGCCACGAUUUGCUGCUGGUUACUUAGAGGGAGAGAGCAAAGCAGUGGGGAGGUUGCCAUGGCACAAGUGCAAUAUUGGGAAUAUCAGUUUAGCUUUGCUGCCGUGCCGGCAGCAUGCUGACUCCCUGCCACCCAAGAACUGGCAGCAACAUUGGGGACAAUGGCAUUGAGAAGGAGGAAGAACAACACAGCCCCUGUCACCAUGACCAACCGCUGUUGCCUUGAACUGUAUGUUACUUUUAGCUUUGCAGAAAAGGAAAAUUAUUACAUUUGGACCAAUGCAGCCGUUCAGAUCCAAGUAGGGGGAACUGCUUUCACGUUGUUCAUAAAAUGAGAAAAUGCAUGAUCAAAGAACAAUGACAACCAGAAAAUACUCUUUGCAUAAAAUUUGUGUAUGUUAAUUUAUAUGUACAGUGGUACCUCGGGUGAAGAACUUAAUUCGUUCUGGAGGUCCGUUCUUAACCUGAAACUGUUCUUAACCUGAGGUACCACGUUAGCUAAUGGGGCCUCCCGCUGCCACCGCGUGAUUUCUGUUCUCAUCCUGAAGCAAAGUUCUUCACCCGAGGUACUAUUUCUGGGUUAGCGGAGUCUGUAACCUGAAGCGUCUGUACCCUGAGCUACCACUGUAUUCAUAAUUUUUGACCUGGCAAUACUGUAUAUCGCAAAUCAUAGAAUCACAGAGCUGGAAGGGACCCAAGAGUCAUUUAGUUUUAUGUUAGAGCACUGCAUUAGCAAUUCAUUUGGACUUGACACCCUCUUCUGGAGUUGAUAACUUUGAACUCUGUGCAUGCCAUACACUACAUGAAAGCCCUUCUGUUCCCUCCUUCAGGUGCCUCUAUAGAGUGUGAGAUUUGCAAGGGAGUCAACAACUGCACAAGCAAGAGGGAGAUUUGUCCUGAAGAAUUUUACGCCUGUUCCAGCUCUCUGCUUGAAAACAGUAAAGGUGGAUGAGAGGGAUCAUAGGUCAACCAGGCCAUAUAGUGAAUAGGCCACAUUUUUGUGCAAAAUAUGUGAAUGAGUGGUGCCACCUAAUAUUGACUGAGAUCAGUUCUCCAUUUUGCCCAGUACCGUCCACUCUGAAUUUAUCCCAGGCCUCCAGCAGAGACCUGUUCUUUUUGCCAGCCAGGGGAGUUAUAUAUUUUAACCAGAGAACACAUCUGAGGCCCUCUGUGCAGAACUUGGUUUCUGCUACUACCAAUAGCCAACAGAGAGCUGGUAGGUUCUUGGGAAUCAAAGCUAUACUUGGGGUGGGGGGUCGAUUAUACGUAAGGCCUAGAUUAAGCCUUCAGUGUGUCUUAAUAUUGGACUGCUGCAAUCAGGGCUGUCUUUAGCAAAUGCGGCGCCGGAGUGCAAAUAUCCGCCCAGCACCCCCAAAUUACCUUGGAUAGUGGGGGCAAAGCUGCGCACUGUCAGCUAUGGGGGGGCCCCGCAACUCUCCCCCAUGCCACUGCAGGAGAACAAUCCCCGCAGAGGCUUGGGAGGGAAGCUGCGAGCCCGCUAGCCAUAUACCGUAUUUUUCGCUCUAUAACACGCACCCGACCAUAACACGCACGUAGUUUUUAGAGGAGGAAAAUCCAUAGGCAUGCCACCCGUAGGCAUUCCCUCCAUAACACGCACAGACAUUUCCCCUUACUUUCUAGGAGGAAAAAAGUGAGUGUUAUGGUGCAAAAAAAUACGGUAGUUGGCGGGGCGCAGCUUCCACCCUAAGCCUCUGCGGGGCUCGCUCUCCUCCUGCAGAGGCUUGGGAUGCAAGCUGCCCGCCCACCCACCAGCCAUAUAGUUGGUGGGGCGCAGCUGGCAGGUGUGCAGGUAAAGGGGGGCCACCGGCAAAGCCAUGCAGCUCCCCCACUCGCUGGGGCGCCCCUGAGAGGCCUGCGCCCUGGCGCAACGCACCACUAAGCCCUAUGGGAAAGACGGCUCUGGCUGCAAUUCUGUCUAUGUGAGGCAGCCCUUAAAGAUGAUGCAGAAACUUCAACGGAUACAAAAUGCAAAGAUUACGUUACUGGACGGGGUUCUAUUUAGAGCUCUUACCAUCCUUGUUUUAAAAACAACUGCACUGGUUAUCAUCUUGCUUCUAGGCCCAAGUCAAGGUGUUCGAAAUAUUGGUGUUUAAACAACUUAGACCCAUGAUAUCUGAAAGUCUGCCUCUAUUUCUGCAGUUCCUUACAGGUGUUAAAAUUAGCAGAGGUGCCUACCUCAGCAGUUCCACUACCCAUAGAAGUCCACGGAAAGGGAGCCUGGCUUUCUCUGUGGCAGCCCCUAAAACAGAGCUUUCCACACGUUUCAUGUUGGUGACACACUUUUUAGGCAUGCAUCAUUUCGCGACACAGUAAUUUAGUUUUACUAGCAAACCAGAGGUUAAACUAACCCCUUUCCAGCCCUGGGAGGAGAGCAGGGACCGUUCAUGUGACACACCUAUGCACUGCAGCUGACACACCAACGUGUCGCGACACACAGUUUGGAAAGCCCUGCCCUAAAAUGUGGAACUCCGUCCCCACAGAGGUGCACUUGACACUUUCUUUCUACAGCUUUCCCCAUAUGCUGAAGAAGACCCACCUGUUUACCUUGGCCUUUGACAGUUAGGAAAUUUUGUUUUGUGGGGCCCAUUUCUUUCAUUUAAUUUAGACUAGGCAUCCCCAAACUCAGCCUCCCAGCUGUUUUGGGACUACAACUCCCAUCAUCCCUAGCUAACAGGACCAGUGGUCAGGGAUGAUGGGAACUGUAGUCCCAAAACAGCUGGAGGGCCGAGUUUGAGGAUGCCUGAUUUAGACUGAUCCUUUUGGCUUGAGGCCAGUUUUCUUGUUUUUUUUUUUUUAAUAAUUCUGUCAUCGUAUUGUGGUAAAUAAAUAGUUGUGACAUGGUCCCUUCCCUCCAUGCAUGCCCGAGUAUAUAGCACACUACGACUGAGCAGGUAACACCUCUCACCAUCUAAAUGUAUCCUCUCUUUUCUUCUUUUUUGUGUAGUUAAGGAUGUAUACAUGGCAAAGGGAUGUGCAAACCCUGAAAUCUGCCUUUUUGGUGUGAUCGCUAUGACUGAUGGCAAUGGGAGCCACAUAAGGCAGGUUGCCACCUGUUGCGAAGAGUAUGCCUGCAAUCCAGCCGCUCCGAUACGUAGGUUUCUGUUUUUGUAUAAGUUGUCUCCUUUUUCUGUCUGUCUGCAUGAGGUGGCCAUUCCGUGCGGUCUCGGUUUCCAACAGAUGAAGGGCUAACAAUUAAUUAAUGAAAUCUUGACCCAUAGAAUAUACUUUAAGCUCUUAUUAAAUGGCUGCAUUUGUCAGGAUUAGGGUCCUGACACCCCCAGGACUUUCCUGGUAUGCAUGCCUAGUACUCCCUCAGACUCCAGGGCAUGUAAAGAGCUCAGCAGAGUAACUCAGCAGUGUGUCAGCAGCAAAUGAAUCACACAAACAGCUCACUCCAUGAGCAAAUACACUUUACCAAAGCGUUUCAAUAAGCACAGCAGUUACAAGCCCUCAGCCAGAUCCCUGGCUGUGUGCAUAGCUUCAAAAAAACAGAAGGCAGUGAACUUGAAUAGCUUGAAAACGAAAGAAAGACUGACUGGCUCUCACACCUGCACACAGUUAUAUAAGGAGGGCUCAGACAGCCUGGAACCUUCCGGUAAACAAUAAAUACUAAUGAGAAAGGACUGCUGAGUCACUACAGUACAUGGGCAAGAAGCGACAUCUCUGGAAAUUUGAAAUGACCUACCGUAUGUUACAAACACAGAUUAUUUUCCAGGGUUGGAACGAUAUUUUCAGUGACCCACCGAGAGGUAGAUGAUUCGCCAGGCAAUACUGAGCAGCGUGAUGUACCCACAUCCUGUAGGGCAGCCUUCUCCAAAGGUUGUGGCUUCGAGAAACUUUGGAUUGCAACUCCUAUCAGCUCCAGCCACCAUGGUCAAUGGUGAGAAAUGAUGGGAGCUGUGUUCCAAAACUUCUGGAGGGAACAAGCUGCAGUAGGGCUUGACCUUCGGUGCCUAGGAGGCAAGAGCCCUUGGGGCUACAAUGGCUCCCAGUACGUUUCCAAGCACAAUUCAAAGUGUUGGUGCUGACCUUUAAAGCCCUAAACGGCCUCGGCCAGGUAUACCUGAAGGAGCGUCUCCACCCCCAUUGUUCAGCCCAGACACUGAGGUCCAGCGCCGAGGGCCUUCUGGCAGUUCCCUCCCUGCGAGAAGUUACAGGGAACCAGGCAGAGGGCCUUCUCGGUAGUGGCGCCCGCCCUGUGGAACCCCCUCCCACCAGAUGUCAAGGAAAUAAACAGCUAUCUGACUUUUAGAAGACAUCUGAAGGCAGCCCUGUUUAGGGAAGUUUUUAAUAUUUGAUGUUUUAUUCUGUUUUUAAUCUGUUGGGAGCCACUCAGAGUGGCUGGGGAAACCCAGCCGGAUGGGUGGGGUAAUAAUAAUAAUAAUAAUAAUAAUAAUAAUAAUAAUUCUCUCAAGUCUUUCUUGCGAUGUGUGGUAGGAGAUGCAGCCUUUCCCAUGGGAUAAAGCGUGGCUUGCCACCAGAUGUCCUUUGACUGAAAUUAAAACUCUCCAGUUGUUGUUCUGCUGGUCCUCGCUCCAACUCCAUACACUGCUGAGAUCUUUCAUUUGUCUCUGUUUUUAUUACUUGAAAUUUAUACGAUGGUUGAUCAGGAAAAAACCCCACCAUUUACAAAAAAAGACACCUCAAUAAAAUUAUAAAUAAGAAAAAUUAACAACAAUAAUUUAACAAAUUAACAACAAUAAUUUAAGACUUUCAAAAAGUUAAGGUAACAAUAGAAUGUGUGAAGGAAAAUGUGCCUUUAAAUGUGUAUUUAAAUACCUCAAGAAUACAAUUUGUUCUGUAGGUUUUUGUUUUUUUAAAAAAUAGAAAUUAUUGCAGAGACUGGACGGAACAAGAAGUGACAAACACAUGCAAAAGUGUCAAGGACCGGAAAUAAGCUGAUCUACCCAUCCUUAGUUCAGUUCAGAGAUGGACGCAUAAUUUUGUUCCUAUGGCACCCUUGCAUGUAUUUAUUAAUACGCUUAGGCUGUCUUCUUUCUGCAUCAAUCUGUGGAUAUUUUAAAAUAAAAAACCUGUAGAAAUAUUUAAAUAUGGUUCUGGUGCACAUUUUAGCAUUAAAUACGUAAUGUACCUAAACACCAACAUUUCUAAAUGUAUUUUAUCCUGAGAUACCAUUUAUUUAUUUUUAUAUACAUUUUGGUACGUGUUUUGAGCCAAGAAUUGUACAACAGAAUUUGGAGAAGUACAAAUCACAUUAUAAGGGGCCAGCAGCUUAGGAUCUGUUUACUUAUGCUACCACAACCUUACGCAAGCUGGGAGUGGUGGCAGGGGGAGGCGAAUAAAUAUAUGAAGAGCAGGGAAACCCACUAUUCCCUGUUCUUCAUUUAUUUAUUCCUACCACCACCUGCACACCCAGCAGGUUUUCCUUGCUUACUGAGUUCUGAGAAGGUCACAGGGAGCCCUGGAAAGCUCCCAGAGCCCUUGCACAACCGUCAGCCCUCUGCCUCGUGGAGGCAACAGGGCGGUUCCAGGGGUUCCUAACUUUGCUGAAUUUUGUAUUGGUCUUGGGCAGUGGUUCUCAACCUUUUUUUGGCCAUGCCCCACCUAAGCAUCUCUAAAAUCCCAAUGUCCCCUCACCCUUCAUGACAUAUAAUUCUUGUUAUUCAAAAAGUGAACUCCUAUUCUCGUGGAGGAAGCUAAAAGGCCAUUAACUUGGUCUAACUCAUUCUCAAAUUGACCUCCUUAAAAAUAAAAUUGCCCCCACGUUGGGAACCACGGGUCCAGGGGGUGCAAAUUAGGCCGCUUUGCUUAAAAACGCGGUGCAAACAAAAUUCCAUAGCGGAGGGGGGGGGUCUUUUCUAAGGAGAAUGGCACUUACACAAGCUCCCUUGAACUUCCCAAACUUCUUUUGCUUUUCAGUUCCAGAACGGAAUACCAGAGCCAAUGGGAAGAUUUGCCCAGGCUGCUCGUCCAACAAAGACGACUGUUCUGCAGCGGUCACAGAAUGUAUUGGAUCUGAAACUUACUGUGUUAGUUAUGUCACACUUUCAGGUAUUUCUGAUUCUAUUGCUACGGCCCUUUUAAGCUUUUGCUACUCCUGCUGUGUGAAAUGCCUUUUAGCAGCGCUGUUGGAUAGUAGCUUGGGCCAAGCUGGAUUUGAUGCGAGCAGCAUGAAUGCAAUUAACAUGCAUGCUUUCUUGAUACGUACAUAGCAGUCGCAGAGAUGCUGAGCACCAAUGAGUAAGGCAGGGAGGCUCCCUGGGAGGUUAGCAUGGUCUGCUAUCCUCCCAUCCUAGUAGUGAUUUCAGCCACGAAGGAUGAGCCCACUUGUUAGUGAUGUUAGCCAAUAUGAAUUGCAGUGAAGGGUCGUUGCUGGGUAGCUAACUUCUCCUUCAAGGAUUUGGCACAGCAGAGGUUCAGCCCUGCAAGUCUGGCAUCUAGGACUGUUUCAAUCAAUCAGCUCUUUAAUGUUUUCUCAAUAAGGAGAGAAACCUUUCCAAUCUAAGACUGAUGGGGACCAGCAUCCCCGUGCUCCCCCGUGACAGGCUUUUUGCUCAGGCUUUUAGUUUGCUUUGCUUACUUGUUGAGGUUGGCUGGGGAGGUACGCGCAAGGGCAUAGACCCAGAGUUUGGGGGUGUAAAAGCACCUGCAAUUCUAAGAAGUUAGUGAAUGUUAGAAAUUACUGAGUGCUAGAAAUUACUAAAUGCUUGGAGUUUUCCCCUGGGUGAGAUAUAGCUUAGCAGUGUAAAAAACAAAACAAAACGCAAGCUCAGUUUGUUUUUCAAGGUAUCGCUUGGGAUGGGAGAUGUUAAGCAAGACUGAAGGGGUUGAUAGCCCACCAAAGGAGGCUGCCAGGGUAAUAUGGGUGUGAUGUCACACAGGAAAAAUGCCUUCCUUUUGAAAAAACAGAGGUCUCCCCAGUGUGUAUGGGGGGGGGGGAGCAGACGGAAGGAGAGGUGUUGCAUUUGGCAAAGUGUUCUUGGAGGAAGGAGGGGAACAAAGGCGAGAACUGCAGAACCAUGGCGGGCUGCUGCUUUGAACCCAAGAUCAUUGAAGUUACUAGAGGGGCAAUGAGGGACAUUCCUGGGGCAUCAUGUUAUGCACACCCUCAAUGGAAGGCUUAAGGUAUAAAUAUGUGUAAAAUAAACCAUAUUUUUUUUAAGACACUAGUCCUCACUGUGCCUUGAUUCCCAACGGAAACAUGACCCUGGGAAAGUGCCUGGAACCCCCAGAGUCUCACGCAGACGCUUGGUGGAGAUUGGAGUGGCAUGUAACGCUAUAUAUCGUGGUUAGAUGCAUUUUUCGGCGUGUGUGUAUCAGUUACUGGAUCUUCUGACCACUCAUCUUUUUGUUUUUACGCACAGAGAAGAAUGUCGUAAUCGGCUCCAGGAAGGGCUGCACUCGUGAACGCACCUGCACCCACUUAAAAACAUUUGACGGAGGGAUUUUUCAUGAUGUUAAUCAUGUUAAAAAUGUUCAGUGUACCCCAGCCAUGGCAGCCACCACUUCUUCUUCUCCUUCUCCUUCUCCUUCUCCUCUCUCCCUUCCCCUCCCAUUCAGAUUCCUUCUCCUGGCUCUCCUGCUGAUGAAGCUUCUUUUGUAAUGAGCUUCUUGCACCACUUCACCGCUGAAGGAAGAUGCCUCUUGUUUUUGAGUUUCAGAGGGAUUUGUCUUCCUCUAUGUUUUAUUGAGUGAAACAAAUAAAAUAAAAGUUGGGGGGGGAAUGAGUCAGUGCCAUUUUCCUGUUCUAUUGAUCCACUGAUCAGAUAGAUCCACUGCCCAGGGAUCAGAGGUGAAAUAAUUAUUUGCCUACUUUCAACAUCUGGAGACAUUGGGAGCAGCCCAGACCUUCUUGAGGGAAGGGUGGGCUCAGAAAGUGCUGACGGAAUAGAUCCAAUGUUUUGCUGAGAGAGAAGAUGAUUGAAUGCUGGAAUAGAAACAAGGUUCAGUUUUUGUCUGUUUCUGUUGAUUAGAGCUGAUUCCCCAGUUUCUCCCCUGAAUCCAAUAUUUGGAACCCUGAACACGCUUGGAGGAAGGAUGGACUAAGAAUGUGAUACUUUCGUAAAUGGUAUUGAUCCAGUCCUGCCCCUUGAAGCAUGCCCUACCCAACUGCACCCCACACAGCCAGGAGACCUGCUUUCCUGUGCAACCCCAGCUUAGGUAAAGAAUUUUCCAUCUCUCAGAAUCUAGGGGAAUCUAGCAGAAAGGGGGUUGAGCCUCUGCCCAGCUACAGCUUUUGAAGUUGUGAACAACUAUAUGAUCUUCGGAUGAAAGGUGGUCUAUAAAUUUAAUAAGUAAUAGAUGAUGUCACCACCCAGGAACAGCUUUGUUUGGAGUUAAGUUAGUGGUAAUAAAGCACAUGAACAAGUCA